UUCAGUUCAAAUUAGAACAUACGACGUUACACUUUAACACGUAACAGUAGUAACAAACGAAAUUGUUUGCUGCUUUUAAACGAACAUUAAAAACUAAUAAAAUUUUGAGUUUUUUAACGUGAAAAAGAAGUAAAUUUAAUAUAAAUUAAAGGUAUUUAGCGGUUCGAUACUAAAAACAAAAAAAAAAAUAUUAAUAAAAAAUAAAAAGAUUAAUAUAUAAAAAAUGGAAAAAAUUACAUACUAUACUGGAGAAUCAAUCAAUCUACAAGAAGUCAUAAACAGCGAUCAUUUCAUUAAAUCGGAUGAAUCGCUUAUAUUAUGUGACUUAACUGAUGUUGUAACAAAAGUACAUUUAUGGAGAACCCUAAUACCGAGAGUUACUCCAUUCUAUGCAGUUAAAUGUAACGAUUCAUAUCCGAUUUUAAGAGUUUUAAACGAAUUAAAAAUUGGUUUUGAUUGUGCAUCAAAAGGUGAAAUCGAAAAAGUUUUAGAAUUGGGUUGUCAAUCCGAACGAAUUAUAUAUGCUCAUCCAAAUAAACCACAAUCACAUUUAAAUUUUGCUAAACAAAUGGGAGUUUACACAAUGACAUUUGAUGGUGAUUAUGAAUUAUAUAAGAUAAAGAAACAUUUCCCAGAAGCAAGUUUAGUGUUACGAUUCCGUUGUGAAGCAAAAAAGGCAUUAUUACCAUUGGGUAAAAAAUUCGGUUGUGAUCCAAAUACAGAAGCACCACGUCUUAUGAAAUUAGCUAAAGAUUUAAAUUUAAAUAUUGUUGGAAUUUCAUUUCAUGUUGGAUCAGAUUGCUUAGAUUUUCCAAUUUAUGAAGAAGCUAUUGCACAAGCCAGAACACUUAUUGAUUUGGGAAAUUCUAUGGGUUUUGAUAUGAAAGUACUUGAUAUUGGUGGUGGAUUCCCUGGUGAACAUAAUUCAUUAUUUAUUGAAGCAAGCAAAGUUGUAAGUGCUGCUGUUGACAAAUAUUUUCCAAAUGAUGAUGUUAUGCUGAUGGCCGAACCAGGUCGAUAUUUUGUAAGUUCAUCAAUGAUUGUUUUAACAAAAAUUCAAUCAAAACGUGAAGUUAUUAAUGAUAAGGGACAAGUUGAAGAAAUGAUGUAUUUUUUAAAUGAUGGUGCAUUUGGUACAUUUAAUCAAGUUGUUCAAUUAGGUGAUGUUUAUCCUGCAAUUCCAAAAUUAUUAAAAACAAAAUCAAUGGAAAAUUCACCACUUUACAAAUCUUCAAUAUGGGGACCAACUUGUGAUUCUUCUGAUGUUCUUUGUAAAGAUUAUUAUAUGCCAAAUUUAAAUAUUGGUGAUCCAAUUCUUUUUGAAGAUUUCGGUGCAUAUACUUUACCAUUUAUGACGAAUUUUAAUGGUUUUGAAAAAGCAAAAAUUAUGUACUUUAUUCAUAAACAUUUCAAACCACAAAUGGAAAGAGAGGAAGAAAAUGCUAAAUUGUUAUCAACAUGCAAUAUGCAAUCUAAGAAAUAUAUGAAAGUUAUACAAUUUGUUGAGGAAAACAGACAAUUUGUCGGAUUGAUUUGACAUUUGCUAAUAGAAACUUUUAGAAAAUGUAUUUUAAUUGAAAGAAAUUAUUCAACAAAUUUUAUUAGUAUUAAGAAUAUCUCAUUGAUAAUGCAUAUUUCAUGUUAUACAGAGCUUUACAAUUUAUUAUUUUUUAAGAAAAGGAAAAUAAAAAAAUAUUUUAUUUAUAAAAAAAAAAACCA